AUGCAGAGCAUUGUACGAGCUGGCCGUGUGGCUGCACGAUCGUCGCACCGCGUCCUCGCAUCGCAAACUCCGCGAGCCCUCCCUCGAGCCCUCGUGGCUAGCACCACCCCGAGUCGCCUGUACACAACAUCCAAGGAUGGCAGGAACUCGUCCAUCUACGCCGCCUUCCUCAACCUGCUGGCCAGCUCCAGCUCCCGCCGCGAAGUCGACCAGUACCUUGGCCAGUUCCGCUCUGUCUCGCCGCACCAGUUCGCCGUAGUAAAAGUCGGAGGGGCCAUUCUCACCGACCAUCUCGAGGAGCUAUGUUUUGCCCUUCAGCAGCUCCACGCUAUCGGCCUGUACCCCAUCAUCGUCCACGGCGCCGGCCCGCAGAUGAACCAGCUGCUCCUCGACUCGGGUGUCGAGCCCGACUUCAUUGACGGCAUUCGCGUUACGGACAAGAAGACGCUGGGCAUUGCACGCAAGCUGUUCUUGGAGGCAAACAUGGACCUGGUCAUGACACUGAAGAGGGACUGGGGCGUGCCCGCCCGGCCCAUCACCGCUGGUGCCCUGCAGGCCGACUACCUGGACAAGGAGAAGUGGAAGUACGUUGGCAACAUUACAAACGUCAACAAGAGGCAGAUCAUGGAUGCUCUGGAGAACAAGGAACUCCCUAUUCUUUGCUCUAUGGGUGAGACGCUGGAUGGCCAGAUUCUCAACAUCAACGCCGAUGUAGCUGCAGCUGCUCUGGCGCGCGAGUUCCAGCCUCUCAAGGUCAUCUACCUUUCGGAGAAGGGAGGACUUUUCAAUGCCGAGUCCAAGCUCAUCCCCCAUAUCAACUUGGAGGGCGAGUACGACACCUACAUGAAGCAAUCCUGGGUUAGGUACGGCACAAAGCUCAAGAUUGUAGAGGCGAAGAAGCUCCUGGAUGGUCUCCCACGCACGUCGAGUGUAGCCAUCACACAUCCCUCGAAUCUUGGAAAGGAACUGUUCACCCACACCGGAAGUGGUACUCUUAUCCGCAACGGUGGCAGCGUCAAGGAGACCAGCAAGUUUGAGGAUUUGGAUGUCUCUGCUUUGUCACAGGCUAUCAUGAAGAGCCGGGCAGUCGAAGCCAGCGAUGCCGUCAACAAAUACAUUCAGAACCUAAAGAACAGACCAUUUGAGGUAUUUCACGACGAUUCCAUGGGCGUUGUUGCCGUCGUUUACCCACCGACUGCCGAGGGUGAGUUUGCGCAGCUCUCGCAUUUCAGCAUGACCAAAGACGCUUUCCUGAACAACCUGAACGACCUGGUCUUCCAGCGCAUGAAGCAAAAGUACCCUAAGAUGUACUGGAUUGUAGAUGACCAAUCGCAAAACUACGUCAAAUGGCAUCUGGAGAAGACAGAUGGCUUCCUCCGCCGCGAGAAGGAAGUCUUCUGCUGGUGGGGCGCGGCCGAGUCUUCGGAGAUCUUCGGGCUGCUUGAGAACUACCAGAAGCAGGGCCGCAGCAUGUUGAAGGACAGCUUGGAUGCUCAGUUCCGAAGGGCUGCCGACUUUGUGGCCAGCUUGAAGCAGGGCCAGCAGACGCGCGGCUACGCGACCAUCGCUGGUCAGUCUGCAAGACCUCAACUUAGACAGAACAGGAUCCUUCCUGCGUCGUCGCGGGGCUUCGCUACCACGGCUUCACGCUCAAUGGACACGACUAACCCUAACCCGCCAUACGGUAUCAAGCACAAGCAUAGGGACUAUCCUGCCAAGGUUGCACUGAUUGGUGCACGAGGCUACACCGGGCAGGCUCUGAUAGAGCUGCUUAACAAGCACCCCAACAUGGACCUGCGACAUGUAUCAUCGCGUGAACUUGCUGGCAAGAAGCUUGAAGGUUACACCAAGCGACAGAUCACCUACGAGAACCUGUCAGCUGAGGAUGUCAAGAAGAUGGCCGAGAACAGCGAGGUCGACUGCUGGGUCAUGGCCCUCCCCAACGGCGUGUGCAAGCCUUUCGUCGAUGCCAUCAACGAGAGCGGCAAAGACACUCUUAUCGUAGAUCUGAGUGCCGACUACCGCUUUGAUGAGACAUGGACUUACGGCCUACCGGAGACUAUUGACCGUGCAAAGAUCUCUGAUGCUACGCGCAUUGCAAACCCUGGUUGCUACGCCACCGCUGCUCAACUCGGCAUUGCGCCUCUGCUUGAGUUCAUCGGCGGUCAGCCCACUGUCUUUGGUGUCUCAGGUUAUUCCGGAGCAGGCACAAAGCCCAGCCCAAAGAAUGAUGUGAAGAACCUUGAAAACAACCUUAUUCCCUACAGCUUGACGGACCACAUUCACGAGAAGGAGAUUUCGCGGCAGCUGGGCACCGAGGUUGCGUUUAUUCCUCAUGUCGCUGUUUGGUUCCAGGGUAUUCACCACACAAUCUCCAUUCCACUCAACCGCACAAUGACCUCCCGCGACAUCCGCAACCUCUACCAGGACCGCUACGCUGGUGAGAAGCUAGUCAAGAUUGUCGGCGAGUCCCCCCUCGUCAAGAACAUUUCCGGCAAGCAUGGCGUCGAAAUCGGCGGUUUCGCCGUCCACAGCUCAGGCAAGCGCGUUGUCGUCAAUGCUACUAUCGAUAACCUGCUCAAGGGCGCUGCUACCCAAUGCUUGCAGAACAUGAACUUGGCUCUUGGGUAUGGGGAGUACGAUGGAAUUCCAUACUAG